UCUGCGCGCACUUUAGUCGAGCGGCUGAUGGUGCGGUAAACUGAGUUCCUUUCGCGGUCAAUUGGCAUUGUUUUCGUGUAUUGUCGCUAGCUCAAUGCUUGUUUUAACAAACAAAAAGUGUUGGCCAGUUUGAAUUGCAUGCAAACGGAUUGAGCUAUUUAUUUAUUUGUGAAAAUCGGUAAUCUUAAGUGUUUGGCCAGCGUUGGCAUCUACAUAUCUGCAUAUGCGUAUGCGUGUGUGCGUGUGCUUUUAGGUGUGAGAUGGCGAAAAUCAAUAACAAAGCAAACUGCGAAUAGGGUCAAAAUAAAACACGCAAAAAGCGUUUUAAUUCCGAGUAUUUCUUAAAAAAAAAAAACCAAAAAAAAAAAAAAAAACAAUUUAUAAGCGUGUCUGUCUGUGCGACUCGUGCAUGUGUGUGUGUGUGUGUAAGCAGAACAACGCGCGUGAUUCAUACCUUUAUACACCGGGGGCGGCACAGGAAAAGUCGUCGACGACAGCGCGUGUUGUUGUUGGCCAGAAAGACACGGACACGCAGCCGUCCAUUGAACUGCUGCCGCUGACGACGACGGCGACGGCGACGACCACUGCUGCCGCUGCUGCUGCUGCUGCUGCUGCGACGCGACUGCGACGCAAUUGCUUCCUGGCAAAACGACAACAACGGCAACAACAUGGACAAAACAAUCUGCGCUGUUGUCGAGUACGAGUACGCUGCGAAGGAACCAGAUGAACUGGAUCUGCACAAGGGUGCCAUCAUACAUCGCAUCAAACAGAUGCCCGGCGGCUGGUGGCAGGGCACACUGAAGGCCACCGGCGUAACGGGCAUGUUUCCGGAUAAUUUUGUGCGCGUACUGGAGCCAAGCAGCAAUGGCAACCACAGCGAUGACAGUGCUGUGGUGCAGCUCAGGGAGAAAUCAGCGACAUCGAAUCGCCGCUGUAAAGUCAUCUACAGUUACACACAAGUCAACGACGACGAACUGACGCUGGCCGUGGGUGAUGUCAUUGAAUUCCUAGGGGAGGUCGAGGAAGGCUGGUGGCGCGGACGUUUGCGCAGCAAAGUUGGCGUAUUUCCCUCAAAUUUUGUGCAACAUAUCGAACCAUCGCCGAUUCUGGCCUCCAAGCGGCCGCCAACGAUUGGUGCAACGGUCACGACAUCGGCGCUAACAGCCAAAGCUGCCAACAUAGCAGCAGCAGCAGCAACAACAACAGGAGGAGCAGCAGCGGGCGCGACAGCAGCAGCAGCAGCAGCAACUGCAACAGCUGCUCCUUCAGUAUCUGCAACGGCAGCAGCUGCACCUGCCACAAAUACAAGCACAGCGAAGCAGCAAUCGAAAAGCAGAGCCACGGCAUCCACUGUGAAUGCAGCAGCGGUGGCUGCGGCGGCAGCGGCGGCGGCGGCAGCGCCCACGUUACCACCGAAACCGCAGCGCGACUUUUGUCGCGUAGAGUUUCCCUAUGCGCCGCAGAACGAGGAUGAGCUGGAAUUGAAGGUGGAUGACAUUAUCAGUGUCAUCAGCAUGGAGCUGCCGGACAAGGGCUGGUGGAAGGGCGAGCUGCACGGCAAAGUGGGCGUGUUUCCGGAUAAUUUUGUCAAGCUCUUGGCACCCUCCGAAGCGCCUGUGCCCCCUCCACGGCCCCGGGCACGAGCACGCGGCGGUGCGACAGCGGCAGCGGCUCCGGGACCGCAACGCGGCGGCUCUUUCGAGUUCUUGGGCGCUCGUAUGGCCAGCUUUAUCACGACGAUUUUCGCGCCCAUUAACGAGCCAGCAGCAGUCACCACCACGCAGCAAUCACAGCGCAAGAUAAGCAACACGAGCCACAUGACCACAACGAACUCCAACAGCAGCAGCAGCAGCAGCAAUACAGCCACCACGACGGUGACGCAGCAGCAACAGCAGCUGCAGCAGCAGCAGCAUCAGCAGAACAGCGCUUCAACCACAUCGAAGGUAUACAUCAAGAAGACGGGCAGCAGCAGCAAUUCGUCUGGUUCGGGACGCAAGGAGAGCUUCGGAUCGCGCGAUUCGCUAAAUGAUAUACUCAGCGAAACGGGCCUGCCCAUUGGCACUGUGGCCGCCCAGCGCAAGUCGCUGGAGAAUAAGAACCUCGAUCUGAGCAAGCUGCCCGGCGGUGGCAAGCAGCAAGGCAACACGAUCAUAACAACAACAACAACAGCCACAAGCAACAGCAGCAGCAGCAGCAGCAACAACACUUCAGCUUCUGCGUACGCGGAGCUGCGCAAGAGCCUGGACAAUAUGGAUGAGAAGAUCAAGUCACCCACACCCCCUGUGGUGGGCAAAAAGCCCAGUGUGCCGCUCAAGAAGACGCCCACGGGCAGUGUCUCAGGCAACAUUUUGGGUGCGGGCAUGAAGAAGAAGAGCGCGGAGAGCAAACUAACUAGCGCCGUGUCGCACGACGUCUCCGAUGGCUUGGCUGGCAGUAAAUUAGCUGGCGGACAGCUGCCCGAGUCGGGCGCGGCUGGCAAUGUUGUCAUGAGACGCGCCGCUACCAUAGCCGUUGAGGAUACGGACUUUGAUCGUGUCGAGCGCGGCUCCAUACUGCAAGAUAUGCGCGCCGGUCGCGUCAAAGCGCCCAAACGUCGCCCGCCCUCGGCGGCCAUAAAUCUGCUGGGCGAGAGCAACAACAAUUCGGUGUAUGUCAAUGGCAGCGGCAUGGCCAGCAGUGCCAGCGAGCUAAGUGAAGAUGGUGGCCCUGCUGGCAAGCAGGCGGCGACGGGCUCAUCCGAUGACAAUUCGACUGGCGAGGAGCCACAGUUGGCCAAGCCAAAGCCACGUGAAUGGGAGAAGAAAAAGGCGCCCUGGAUGGAGGAGCUGAAAGCGUCGCAGGUGACACGCAAAAAGACCUCGCCCAAUGUUGAGCCACGCGGCGGUGCCAUCUCCGUAGCCGAGCGCACUUCAAAGCUGUUUGCCGCCGAGCAGGCGACAGCAACAACCAGCGUGGUGACCACCAGCGCAAUCAGCAGCAGCAGCAACUCUAUAACCAGCAGCAGUGCGACUGCAACGAAAGUGCAAUCGAGUGCGGUGACUUCCUCCAGCAUCAUGCAGCAGUCCAUGUUCGUGGAGAGCAGCACCAGCAGCAGCAGCCAGAAGGUGGAGGCAGUCAACAGCAGCAGCAGCAGCAGCAGCAACAACAACAGCACAAGCAUUUUGACCAGCAGCAACAACAGCCACGAUGCCGUCAUGUCCAAGAGCAUGUCAGCGACAAAGACGUCAGCCACAGCAGCGCCAAUAGCCGCUCCGGCUGCCAGCAGCGAUGAGGAGUCACGCGCGGCACGCCCUAACAGUUUAUCGAUACGCAAUCGCAGCGUUUCGCCGCUGGUGAAAACAUCCAGUGCCAGUAGCAGCACGCAGCUGGAGAGGAGCAACAAUGUCAGCGUCAAUGAGAGUCCGGCGACAACGCUGCUCAACAAUCAUCAUCAGGUCGCGGCAGAGUCUUUGCCGCGGGUGCAACAGCUGGAGGGUCGUGUGGAUAAGCUGGAGGCGAUCGUGUUGAAGCAGCAGCGGACCAUUGAGGAGUUGGUGCGUAUGCUGCGCGAGGAGACGGAGCGGGUGAAGGUGCUGCGCGGCGAACUGGAUAAAUAUGCGCAGUGCGUGACGCAAGUUUGAAGCAGCUUGGAGUUCCGAAAAUCGGAAUUCAAACCAAGAUCUGCCCUCAUUGUCGUGCCUGCACCCUGAUUGUUGUUUUUGUUGGCCCCGCUUAGCUGUGUGCGUUUGCUUUAGAGAUUUCUGUAGUUAAAAUCCAUUUUUAGCUAGCUUUAAUCUAUGUUUUGUUUUUCCAUUCCAAAUAGAAAUCUAUAUGGAACAUUUAAUUAUCGUUUUUACAUUCCAAUGCUUGUCAAACUGUAUCCGAGACAAUCCCAACAUUGAAGCGCAUAAAACGCAACUUGUACUUAUCAGUCGAAAUUGAAGUUCAAUCCCAGCCAGUUUUUAGCGAGCUGCCUUUUAAUCAUAUAUCCUCUAUAUACAUUAUAUGCAUAUGUAAAACUGUAUAAUUAUGUUAUUUUUUGAUAAUUUUGCCAUUUUGUUUUACAACUCCAAAAUUUGGUAUAAAUUGCAUGCAGUAACUGUUUCAGUUCAGAUACGAGUAUAUAUAUAUGUACAUCUACAUCUAUUUUUUGAUAAGUAUUUUUACAAUAUUCUGAAAACUUUGUGGGCAUUGUGUGAUUUUUUAAAAUGAGCUGCGCUUUAGCAUAAGCAUAUCCCCAAUUACAGUUUGUUUUGUUCAUAUGAUUAUGAUUAUUUUUAUGAUGUAUUAAAGUUAUGAUGAAACAUGUACUAUAAAUACUAAAAGAAAGAUAUACAAACACAUAUAAAUAAAUAAUAAUGUUCGAUGAAGAUGCCUAAACAUUAAGUAAUCCAAAUAAAUAAUUAAAUUUAAA